CGGGACCCCCGGCGCCUGCGCGGCCGUGCGGGGCGUCCGCCUGAGGGGACCUGCUACCCGGAGCUGUCCUCUGAGGAGGCUCUCGCCGCCCGCCGUGAGGGAAAGUGCUUCACCCUAACGCUGAGCGCACGCCCACCCCUCUCCCCUCUUUCUAGGCACCGCGCGUUUUUUCUCUUUUUUCUUUCGGGCGAAGUAACUUUUGCAUUCCCGCCUCCCCCGAGUCCUGGGGACCAGAGGCGGCGCCGAUCCUGGGGGCGGUUCCUUGGCAGCGCUGGUUCUUGUCAGAGCCAGACUUUUGCUCUUGGGCUGGGUUUGCAUCAUCCCCAUCACACCCUCAGGAGAGAGGAGCCGGCCCCUUUCAGCCUCAGCUUCCGGCUGGGAGCAGACCCCCCUCCCCCAUCCCAGGCCCCUUCCCCUGCUCCAGCCCAUCUCCCGCAUUUCGUUAGUCCUCGCCCUCUACUCCGCAAUAUUUUCUUUCUCUUGUCCUCCUCGCCUCCAUUCGUUGUUUUACGUUUCCCACUCUUUGAGGAAGGAUGGUUGAUUUGGAGAGCGAAGUGCCCCCUCUGCCUCCCAGGUACAGGUUUCGGGAUUUGCUGCUAGGGGACCAAGGAUGGCAGAACGACGACAGAUAGUUCCUUGUGGCUCCACUUUUGUGCCUUUUCCACGACUUCAACCAUCAAUAUCUGACUCACGAGAAAGGGUGCAAGUUGAAUUUUAUAUGAAUGAAAACACAUUUAAAGAGAGACUAAAGUUAUUUUUUAUCAAAAACCAGAGAUCAAGUCUAAGAAUACGUCUGUUCAAUUUUUCUCUCAAAUUAUUAAGCUGCUUUUUGUACAUAAUCCGAGUGCUACUAGAAAACCCUUCACAAGGAAAUGAAUGGUCUCAUAUCUUUUGGGUGAACAGAAGUCUACCUUUAUGGGGCUUACAGGUUUCAGUGGCAUUGAUAAGUCUCUUUGAAACAAUACUACUUGGUUAUCUCAGUUAUAAGGGAAACAUCUGGGAACAGAUUUUACGAAUACCCUUCAUCUUGGAAGUAAUUAAUGCGGUUCCCUUCAUUAUCUCAAUAUUCUGGCCUUCCUUAAGAAAUCUAUUUGUCCCAGUCUUUCUAAACUGUUGGCUUGCCAAACAUGCCUUGGAAAAUAUGAUUAAUGAUCUACACAGAGCCAUUCAGCGUACACAGUCUGCAAUGUUUAAUCAAGUUUUGAUUUUAAUAUCUACAUUACUAUGCCUUAUCUUCACCUGCAUUUGUGGAAUCCAACAUCUGGAACGAAUAGGAAAGAAGCUGAAUCUCUUUGACUCCCUUUAUUUCUGCAUUGUGACGUUUUCUACUGUGGGCUUUGGGGAUGUCACUCCAGAAACAUGGUCGUCCAAGCUUUUCGUUGUUGCCAUGAUCUGUGUUGCUCUCGUGGUUCUCCCCAUACAGUUUGAACAGCUGGCCUAUUUGUGGAUGGAGAGACAAAAGUCAGGUGGAAACUAUAGUCGACACAGAGCUCAAACUGAAAAGCACGUUGUUCUGUGUGUCAGCUCACUGAAGAUUGACUUACUCAUGGACUUUUUGAAUGAAUUCUAUGCUCAUCCAAGACUCCAGGAUUAUUAUGUGGUGAUUUUGUGUCCUACUGAAAUGGAUGUGCAGGUCCGAAGGGUCCUACAGAUUCCGAUGUGGUCACAAAGAGUCAUCUACCUUCAAGGUUCAGCCCUUAAAGAUCAGGAUCUGCUGCGAGCAAAGAUGGAUGAUGCUGAGGCCUGUUUUAUUCUGAGCAGCCGUUGUGAAGUAGAUAGGACAUCCUCUGACCACCAAACAAUUUUGAGAGCAUGGGCUGUAAAAGAUUUUGCUCCAAAUUGCCCUUUGUAUGUCCAGAUCUUAAAGCCUGAAAAUAAAUUCCAUAUCAAAUUUGCUGAUCAUGUUGUUUGUGAAGAAGAGUUUAAAUACGCCAUGUUAGCUUUAAACUGUAUAUGCCCAGCAACAUCUACACUUAUUACACUACUGGUUCAUACCUCUAGAGGGCAAGAAGGCCAGCAAUCGCCAGAACAAUGGCAGAAGAUGUACGGCAGAUGCUCUGGGAAUGAAGUGUACCACAUCGUUUUGGAAGAAAGUACAUUUUUUGCUGAAUAUGAAGGAAAGAGCUUCACCUAUGCUUCUUUCCAUGCACACAAAAAGUUUGGUGUCUGCUUGAUUGGUAUUAGGAGGGAGGAUAAUAAAAACAUUUUGCUGAAUCCAGGUCCUCGAUAUAUUAUGAGUGCUACAGAUAUAUGUUUCUAUAUUAAUAUUACCAAAGAAGAGAAUUCAGCAUUUAAAAACCACGACCAUCAGAAAAAAAGCAAUGUAUCAAGGUCAUUUUAUCAUGGACCAUCUAGAUUACCUGUACAUAGCAUAAUUGCCAGCAUGGGUACUGUGGCCAUAGACUUGCAAGACACAAGCUGUAGGUCAGCAAGUGGCCCUACCCUGUCUCUUCCUUCAGAAGGAAACAAAGAAGUCAGAAGACCCAGCAUUGCUCCCGUUUUAGAGGUUGCAGAUACGUCAUCACUUCAAACAUGCGAUCUUCUAAGUGAUCAAUCAGAAGAUGAAACUACACCAGAUGAAGAAAUGUCCUCAAAUGUGGAAUAUGCUAAAGGCUACCCACCUUACUCUCCAUAUAUAGGCAGUUCACCCACUUUUUGUCAUCUCCUUCAUGAAAAAGUGCCAUUUUGCUGCUUAAGACUAGACAAGAGUUGCCAGCAUAACUACUAUGAGGACGCAAAAGCCUAUGGAUUCAAAAAUAAGCUAAUUAUAGUUGCAGCUGAAACAGCUGGAAAUGGAUUGUAUAAUUUUAUUGUUCCUCUCAGGGCAUAUUAUAGACCAAAGAAAGAACUUAAUCCCGUAAUACUGCUAUUGGAUAACCCGCCAGAUAUGCAUUUUCUGGAUGCAAUCUGUUGGUUUCCAAUGGUUUACUACAUGGUGGGCUCUAUUGACAAUCUAGACGAUUUACUCAGGUGUGGAGUGACUUUCGCUGCCAACAUGGUGGUUGUGGACAAAGAAAGCACCAUGAGUGCCGAGGAAGACUACAUGGCAGAUGCCAAAACGAUUGUAAACGUGCAGACCCUUUUCAGGUUGUUUUCCAGUCUCAGUAUUAUCACAGAGCUCACCCACCCAGCCAACAUGAGAUUCAUGCAAUUCAGAGCCAAAGACUGUUACUCCCUUGCUCUUUCCAAGCUGGAAAAGAAAGAAAGAGAGCGAGGUUCUAAUUUGGCCUUUAUGUUCCGACUGCCUUUUGCUGCCGGGAGGGUGUUCAGUAUCAGCAUGUUGGACACGCUUCUUUACCAGUCAUUUGUGAAGGACUACAUGAUUUCUAUCACCAGACUUCUGUUGGGAUUGGACACUACACCAGGAUCGGGGUUUCUUUGCUCUAUGAAAAUCACCGAGGAUGACUUAUGGAUCAGGACUUAUGCCAGACUGUAUCAGAAGUUAUGUUCUUCUACUGGAGAUGUUCCCAUUGGAAUCUACAGGACUGAAUCUCAAAAACUUACUACAUCUGAGUGUCGAGAAAUAGCAUCACAAUCUCAAAUAUCCAUCAGCGUGGAAGAGUGGGAAGACACCAAAGAUGCCAAAGAGCAAGGUCACCACCGAAGUAACCACCGCAACUCAACAUCCAGUGACCAGUCCGACCAUCCCCUGCUAAGGAGGAAGAGCAUGCAGUGGGCCCGAAGACUGAGCAGAAAAGGUCCCAAACACUCCGGUAAAACAGCUGAGAAAAUAACCCAGCAGCGCCUGAACCUCUACAGGAGGUCAGAAAGACAAGAGCUUGCUGAACUUGUGAAAAAUAGAAUGAAACACUUGGGUCUUUCUACAGUGGGAUAUGAUGAAAUGAACGAUCAUCAAAGUACCCUCUCCUACAUCCUGAUAAACCCAUCUCCAGAUACCAGACUAGAGCUGAAUGAUGUUGUAUACUUAAUCCGACCCGAUCCACUGGCCUACCUACCAAAUGGUGAACCCAGUCGAAAAAACAGCAUCUGCAACACCACAGGCCAAGAUUCUCGGGAGGAAACUCAGCUUUGAUAAAAAAGAAAAUAAGAGACUUUUUUCUCCUACAAGGAUCUUGCUUGAAACAACUCUAAAUCUUAGAAAAACAAGAGUGUUGCUGGCAUGAAAUAAACUAGAUUGGAGUAUAUCCAAUUCUCUCAUAUUAAAAAAAAAUCUAUUCUCCUAGAAGUUUAGAUAAUUUUGAAAUUUAAAGUACUGCUUUGCUGGUACUCCUCCCAUUAAUAUUUGAAAGACAUCAAUGGAAUGAUUUUGAACACCUAAAUUGAAACGCAAAAAUUUGAACCUGAUGUUUCAUUGUUUGACAAUAAUACAAACUGUAUGAAGCCAAUUUUUAAAAAGUAUUAAGAUUUAUGAAAAUAAACUAGAAGUCCAGUUACAUCUGGUGCGUCCCAACGGACAUAGAAGAUUGUUGCUCCACUUAAAAUUAAAUGUGUCCUAUUAUAUUCUUUAAACUUGCCAUUUUAUAAAAAUGAGCUCAUCACAAGUGUCCGGCCUUCUCUACACAGAUUAACAGACAAACUUGUAUGGCUGACUUUUGUGUAAGAAUCAUAGUUUGCUUUAGAAUAUGAAUCUUUAAGUCAUUUUACCCUUUUUGUUGACUUUUCACAUGAUAUAUUCAUUUAGAAUUUGAGCUGUUCAUAGCAUGUUUUAUUACUCUGAAGAAACCAAAACAAACAAAAAGAAAUAUCAACUACAUGAACUUUUCCCUAACUUUAUGUUUAACACACGUUGUAUGCCAAGAACAGUAUGCGAAAGCAAAUAUGUAUUGUUUUCCUAAAAGAAUCCUAACAUAGAGAAUACUUAAAACACAUUUGUUGACUUUAAUCUAAGAAUUGAAGCAUU